UGCUCACUCUGUGUAUUUAAGCCCUGUGUUUUCUUCAUUCUGUGUUGUGAUCUCCCUCGUCCCACACGGUGUGGUCCAUUUGCCAGCCUGCCUGUUUAGUUUACUGGUAUUUUCAGAUUAGUUAUUUUAUCUUCAGCAAUAAAGCUGUUUUUGGAAUACACUUGUUGCCUCCUGGAGUCCGUACAUUGGGUCCUUCUCAACUGCUGCACACAUCACAUGACAGAAGUACAGAACAUGGACCCAGCAGACUCGGCUUGGUAUCAGCAGUUCGCAGUUUGUGCCUUCCCCAAGGAAGGAACACCGUUCUACGGGUGUUGUUUGGCUCGGGGAGGCCCCCCCCCAAUUAUAAACUCACCUCAGAGAAUUUUGGAAUUUCAUUUCUGAAUGAAGAAUUGUCAGGGGUUGCGUGUGAAGGCGAGGAAGAAAGAACCCAAACGCAGGACUUGCCGGUAGGUGAGGACUGGUGAUUUAUUGCAGAGCACGGAGGAAUGAACAGAACAUGAGAUGGCUGACUUACUGGCCAACUGAAAGACUGACUGAAUGGCUGACUGAGUAUACAGCACACACAGGAAUGACAACAUCAAUGACACGAUGGUGAACAAGUGGGAACAGAAGACUUAAAUACACAGACUGAUGAGGAUGAUAAUGAGAGGCCCGUGAGUACACAGCUGAACAUAAUCUGGCUAAUGACGCAUGGAACAAGAUGGCACAGGAAAAACAGGAAAUGAGAACAAGUGAAAAAUACAGUGAACAUGAAGAAUGAACUGAAAAUACUGGGUAAGCAACCCAGGAACCCUGACAAUUAGAAAGGGAGAACUGUUUUCAUUUCCCUCCUUCUGUGCUGGCAAAACACUCAUAUAAUUCCCUCUUACUUUGCUGUUUUGCUUCUACAAAGAUAAAAAAAUCACUCUUCCUGUACAGCUGUUUACUUCAAAAACAGUUUUCUAUCUCAAAUCUGUUUUCUGCAUUAUUCGUUUGCUUAUUAUGCGCAAGUCAUGUAUAGCACUGUCGACUGCUGUUUUUGUUUGUUUUUUCCAAAAAUGACUUACAACAACAAAGCCUCAUUUCUGCUGUUUAAAGCAAAUAAAUUUCAACGUUUUUAAAUGAUGCCAAAUUGCAAAAUGCUUAGCUGUGCAUGGAUAUCUGAUGGUCUUUGGUGGCAGCUGAUCACAUGCUAAAACACCCAGAAAAUGAGUCCCCAUUACUAAUUUCUUUUAACAACGCUGGUUAGUCCUAUAGUACUCAUUUUUGAGUCUGUUGUUGUUGUUGUCUCAUGUUUGAUAUCUCAAUGACUGAAUCAAAAACAGAAUAACAAAUGAGUGUGACUGUACGAUUUCUGAAACGGGUUUCUAACCUUAUGUUGCUCAUUUUAAUUAAAAAACAAAUUCCCUGAAUGACCAACAUCAGCUUCCAGGUUAAAGCAGAACAAUGAGUAACUGGCACCAAAAUCCUCAUAAGCAGAGGUAUCAAUUCUGGAGAGUGUAAUGUUUAAAGCCAUUGUGUCUACAAAUCACCACAGACCAAUGUAAACAGUAUCACAACAUGUGUUUGGCAGAGAAAAAGCUUAUCGUUUCUAAACACUUGGUGUGAGGAUUGAGUGAAGAGAUUUUAGGACAGUCAAAGUUUGAGCACUGUGCUCACAGCUGUGACCCAUCCACACAUUACAACUAUGCACUUGUGUUGAUAAUAUUUUUGCCCAUCACUCCAAAAAAAACAGACGCUCAUAGAAGCUGUUACCACAGCCACAACAGAUGCUAAAAAUUGCCUGCUGCAAGCCUUAGGGAGUCACAUUUGUGUGAUUCAGUUACAAAUUCUUCUCUUGAAAGGUAAACUCUUACAAAUAAAUUUGCCAUAAGCCCGGGGGUUAAAAUAUACCCCCAAUCAUAAAAUUGAGGUGAACUGUAGUGAACGAAAAUGCACUUUUGUAGUCCAGCUCCUGCACAUCUGUAGAUAAUUACAGGGCUUCACCACAAGGAGGAAGCAGUUCUGAGUAUGGCAGGAUACUGCAAGUCUUUACCACAAGGUAAAGUUUUUCAGACAAGAAAGAGACUGCAGACUGAUCACAUCUCACAACUACUCUCUCCACUUUCUUUGUAUAAAACAGAACGGAUCAGAUCCUCUUUCAAGAAUAUCAAGGUGUGAAGAUGCUUCAGAGGAAACCAUUAGUUUUCUUUGUCUUGCUGUGUGCCACUGCCAUUGGAGUCUUUUCUAGAGCUUCAUGGAUUUUAAAUGUGUACCAGGAUUUCUUCCUCCCUCAGAAUGAAAGUGUUUGUUCCUGCAACAAAUGUUUAAUGGAAUAUGACCCAUGGCUUAGUGAACUUAUGAAAGAAUCUCCUGAGCCCUUUCUAUCACCCACAAACAAUAUCUCAGAGAAUACAUUUAACUGGUGGAAGGGCAUACAGACAGACAGACGCAACUUCGCUUUGUACAAUAAAACAGUGGACAAGGUUUUUCAGAUCUUCCCACCCAAAGUCAAUUUCACAAGAUCCAGCCCUGACCUUUGUAGAACUUGUGCUGUGGUUGGGAAUUCUGGUAAUCUCAAUGGAUCGCAUUAUGGACCACUGAUAGACUUUCAUGAUAUUGUUAUAAGAAUAAACCGUGGGCCCACAAAAGGCUUUGAAAGAGAUGUUGGAAACAAAACAACAUACCAUGUGAUGUAUCCAAGGAGUUUCAAAAAUUUGGACAACACCACACAUCUUGUGUUUUUUCCAUUCAAAAUUUACGAUCUACAGUGGCUUAUCCGGUCUUUUACUCAAAGGCAAAAAGAAACUGCUAAAUCAGGUUUGAAAACUAACACGGAUAUGGUGAUGAUCCUCAGCCCUGCUUUCAUGAAAUAUGUCCAUUAUGUUUGGCUAAAAAAGCAUGGGAGGUAUCCAUCCACUGGCUUUCUGACUUUAGUUCUCAGCUUGUACUUGUGUGAUGAGAUUAAUGUGUUUGGAUUUGGAGCAGACAAGAAUGGAAACUGGAAUCAUUACUAUGAGCA